GAGUGAGGGGGGAGUGAGGGGAGAGACAGGAAGCGUGGAGGUUGUGCGGAGAAGGCUGAGAGGGGGCUGAUUUAGAGUGAGUGGUGAGUUGGUGGUGAGUGAGUGAGUGGUGAGUUAUUGGUGAGUUGGUGGCGAGUGGUGAGUUGGUGGUGAGUGAGUGGUGAGUGAGUGUGUGGUGAGUUAUUGGUGAGUUGGUGGCGAGUGGUGAGUGUGUGGUGAGUUGGUGGUGAGUUGGUGGUGAGUGAGUGAGUGGUGAGUUGGUGGUGAGUGAGUGGUGAGUGAGUGAGUGGUUAGUUUGUGGUGAGUGUGUGGUGAGUUGGUGGUGAGUGAGUGGUGAGUGAGUGGUGAGUUGGUGGCGAGUGAGUGGUGAGUUGGUGGUGAGUGAGUUGGUGGUGAGUUGGUGGUGAGUGGUGAGUUGGUGAGUGAGUUGGUGGUGAGUUGGUGGUGAGUGGGUGAGUUGGUGGUGAGUGUGUGGUGAGUGUGUGGUGAGUUGGUGGUGAGUGAGUGGUGAGUUGGUGGUGAAUUGGUGGUGAGUGGUGAGUUGGUGGUGAGUGUGUGGUGAGUGAGUGGUGAGUUGGUGGUGAGUUGGUGGUGAGUGGUGAGUUGGUGGUGAGUUGGUGGUGAGUGUGAGUUGGUGGUGAGUGUGUGGUGAGUGUGUGGUGAGUUGGUGGUGAGUGAGUGGUGAGUUGGUGGUUAGUUGGUGGCGAGUGAGUGGUGAGUUGGUGGUGAGUUGGUGGUGAGUGGUGAGUUGGUGGUGAGUGCCAUGGGCCGCAAGGUGACGCUGGCGAGCUGUGCGCUCUCGCAAUGGGCGCUCGACUUCCAGGGCAACACGGAGCGCGUGCUCACCAGCAUUGAGGCUGCCAAGGCCAAGGGAGCUCGCUAUCGUCUGGGAUCAGAGUUGGAAAUCUGUGGCUACGGCUGUGCGGAUCACUUCCUGGAGGGUGACACGCUGCUGCACUCGUGGGAGGCCCUGGGGCAGCUGCUGGUGGCGCCGGCUACGAGCGACAUCAUCUGUGACGUGGGCAUGCCGGUGAUGCACAAGAACGUGCGCUACAACUGCCGCGUCAUCUUCCUUAACCGGAGGAUCCUGCUGAUCCGACCCAAGAUGGUGCUGUGCAACCACGGCAACUACCGCGAGCUGCGCUGGUUCACUCCGUGGGCUCGCGAGCGGGAGGUGGAGGAUCAUUAUCUGCCACGCAUCAUCCAGGAGAUAACUGAGCAGGUGACGGUGCCGCUGGGUGACGCCGUGCUCGCCACGCUGGACACCUGCAUCGGCAGCGAGAGCUGCGAGGAGCUCUGGGCCCCCCACAGCCCCCACGUGGCUAUGGGUCUGGACGGGGUGGAGAUCUUCACCAACGGCUCCGGUAGCCACCACGAGCUGCGCAAGGCUCACGUGCGAGUCGACCUCGUGAGGUCGGCCACCACCAAGAGCGGUGGCGUCUACGUCUUCUCCAACCAGAAAGGCUGCGAUGGAGACCGCCUCUACUACGACGGCUGUGCCAUGAUCGCCGUCAACGGGAGGCUGCUGGCGCAGGGAUCACAGUUCUCACUCGACGAUACGGAGGUGAUCACGGCCACCGUGGACCUGGAGGACGUUCGCAGCUACCGCGGGGAGAGGUCCUCCAGGAACCUGGCUGCGGCGCGGAGCGGGCGCUACCCGCGCGUCCGCGUCCCCUUUGCGCUCUCUUCGCACGAUGACCUCACGGUGACCCCCAGCCCCUACCUCGAGUGGUGCUACCACUCGGCGGAGGAGGAGAUCAGCCUGGGCCCCGCCUGCUGGCUCUGGGACUACCUGCGGAGGAGCAACCAGGGAGGGUUCUUCCUGCCGCUGAGCGGAGGCAUCGACUCGGCGGCCACCGCCUGCAUCGUCUACUCUAUGUGCCGCCUCGUGUGCCGGGCCGCCCUGCAGGGCAACACGCAGGUGAUGGGCGAUGCGCGACGUCUGCUGGGCGACGCCGACUACGUGGCGUGGGAGCCCGAGCGGCUGUGCGGGCUGCUCUUCACCACCUGCUACAUGGGCAGCGAGAACUCCUCCGGCGACACCAAGCGGCGUGCCUCCCAGCUCGCAGCGCAGAUCGGCAGCCACCACCUGGGUGUGUGUAUCGACGCGGCCGUGCAGGCUGUGGUCUCUGUGCUGCGCGUGGCCACGGGGUUGACUCCGCGUUUCCUUGCCCACGGGGGCAGCGCCCGGGAAAACCUCGCCUUGCAGAACGUCCAGGCCCGUGUGCGCAUGGUCCUCUCCUACCUGUUUGCCCAGCUGGGCCUGUGGGCUCGGGGACGCCCGGGAGGACUCCUCGUGCUGGGGUCGGCCAACGUGGACGAGAGCCUGCGCGGGUACCUCACCAAGUACGACUGCUCCAGCGCCGACAUUAACCCCAUCGGUGGCAUCAGCAAGAGCGACCUGCGCUCCUUCGUGCGGUACUGCGAGCGCGAGUUCGGAAUCACCGCCCUCACCAGCAUCCUGGAGGCGCCCCCCACGGCUGAGCUGGAACCGCUGGCAGACGGUCACACAACUCAGACGGACGAGGAGGACAUGGGCAUGAGCUACGCAGAGCUGUCCGUGUUCGGCCGCCUGCGCAAGAUUGACAAGUGCGGCCCCUACAGCAUGUUCUGCAAGCUGCUCACCGCGUGGAGCCAGCGCUGCUCUCCAGCGCAGGUGGCUGAGAGGGUGAAGCACUUCUUCCGCUCGUACGCCCUCAACCGGCACAAGAUGACGACGCUGACGCCCGCCUACCACGCCGAGAGCUACGGCCCCGACGACAACCGCUUUGACCUGCGACCCUUCCUCUACAACGUCGCCUGGCCCUGGCAGUUCAACCGCAUCGACCGCGAGGUGAAGAAGUUGGAGGCAGAACAGAACAAAACGGAGCCCUGAAUGCACACAAUCACACCGGGCAGGGCCGCAGUGAGGACAAGAGCCCGGGUUCGAUUCUCAACUCGGGCGCCACUUUCUGUCCGGAGGUUGUGUGUUCUCCCCCUGUUCUGGAGUGAGUGCGAGUGACUGAUAAUGUGAGUGAGUGCGUGAGAGAGUGGGUGAGUGAGUGUGGAGUUUGUAUGUUCUCCCACACACACACCCAUCUCACAGACACCCAUAACUCACACACACCCAUCACUCACACACCCAUCACUCACACAUACACCCAUCACUCACACACACUCAUCACUCACACACCCAUCUCACACACACACACCCAUCUCACACACACAUCACACCUACACACCCAUCUCACACACACCCAUCACACACACCCAUCUCACACACACCCAUCUCACACACACAUCACACCUACACACCCAUCUCUCACACACCUAUCACACACACCCAUCUCACACACACACACACCCAUCAGACAAACACCGAUAACACACACACCCUUGUUACACCCCUAUGUCACACACACACACAAGCGGAAUAAUAAUAAUGUUUUAAUAUUUGCUCUGUGAUCACCCCUGGUGCAUGUCGGGUUUUAGCUCCCGAGCGUUUUUCUUGAUGGCCGUUUUCGCGUCACUGGAUGAUGAAGGCCUCACCGCGCCGUGUCGGCCGCAUGGCGGGGGUUGUUUUAGCCAUACUUCACCACUCUGGUCAGUGCGGGUUGGAGGGAGGGAGUGGAGGUCGUUGUUCAGGUAUCGCUGAUGUCGGCCAUCGCCCCGGUGAUCCGGGGUCGCCGGGUUUCCAUUGUGCGGUGCCCUAGCCUCUGCGCCACCGCUCCCCGCACACUCAACAUAAUAAUGAUAAUAGUCUCUUUUACAAAGCGCCUUUCUUUUUGAAGUACAGUGGCCCCUCGGGUAACAUUUUUAAUCCGUUCCACGCAAACUUCUGUUUUAAGCUGAAAUACCGUUAAUCGAAUAGGAAUUGCAUAUUCAACUGUUAGAAUCCAAACUUCAUGAUAAUAACUAAUUUCCUGAAUUGGUUUUAGGGCUAAUCACUUUCACUUUUUUUUGCAAAUUCAAAUUAGGAAGGGUGGAGUGGGGAGGUCAUUGCAAUCACUUGGUUAGUUGAAAAACUGCAGGAAGAGAGAGCGAGAUGUUUUUUUGCCCCACUGCCAAAGAAACAUGAAAGGUAGAAUGUGAAACUAAGCCAGUCGAGGUGUAAAUGCCGCGCGCUCGCAAACAAACGGGCGUCGCUGAUUGGCCGAGGGCGAUGCGCUCAUCCCCACUUAGCCAGCGCUCCGAUUGGCCCAAAUUGGCGCCCACCGCGUGCGCAGGUGACGUAACACACGUAACCAGGUGACGUAACACGUAACCAGGUGACGUAACACGUAACCAGGUGACGUAACACACGUAACCAGGUGAUGUAACACGUAACCAGGUGACGUAACACGUAACCAGGUGAUGUAACACGCGUAACCAGGUGACGUAAACACGUAACCAGGUGACGUAACACGUAACCAGGUGAUGUAACACGUUACCAGGUGACGUAACACGUUACCAGGUGACGUAACACGUAACCAGGUGAUUUAACACGCGUUACCAGGUGACGUAACGCGUUACCAGGUGACGUAACACGUAACCAGGUGACGUAACACGCGUUACCAGGUGACGUAACACGUAACUAGGUGACGUAACACGCGUUACCAGGUGACGUAACACGCGUUACCUUUAACGUAAAAAUAACGCUACACUCACAAAUGCAAAUGAAAUCUAAGUGAAAUAGGAAGCCGAUAAUAGCAGCGAUAUCAAUAACUACUACUACCCAAAUUCCAAUAAAAUGAAGCACGAUGAUGAAAGCGAAUGAUACUAGUAAUAAUAAUUGAAGAGUAAUCCAAUCGGACAACAGAAUUGUUUUUUUUAAUCUUAAGUUAAAGGGAAUGCUUGCAGUGCAAAUGGUGAGUUUUAUGACGUGAUUUAAAAAGCAACACAGACUCACUGUGCGUAUUCUUUGCAGUGAUUUGCGUGGCUUUAUAUUCUUUCCCUAAUCGGAUCUGUCCAUAAUGGAGGUUUGUUUGGGUUAGAUUGCGUAAUUAGCAAUUUGUUGUUAAACCCGCAACCGCCCGACACAGCCAAUCAGUAAAGGUUUGUCAAGUAAACAACACGUGGCCAAUUCCGUACAAGUUCAGCACUAACCAGUUGUGUGUUGGAGAGUAAACCCACCACAACAUUUACAAUUAUAGUGUAGCGUAUAGUCGUGUGCAGUGUAGUGUAUUGUGUAGUAUACUAGUUCAGUACUAAGCAGUUGUGUGUUGGAGAGUAAACCCACCACAACAUUUACAAUGAUAGUGUAGUGCAUAGUAGUGUAUAGUGUAGUAUACUAGUUCAGUACUAACCGGUUGUGUGUUGGAGAGUAAACCCACCAUAACAUUUACAAUGAUAGUGUAGUGCAUAGUAGUGUAGUAUACUAUUCGAGUACCGCGACGUUUCACCAGUAAUUCGCCAGCAUCAUCAGGCAACAGCCAGAAUUGUCUUCCUGUAUAUUAGUACAAAUAAGAGUCAGCGUCAACUAAAAUUGCCCAAAGACUAACAUUGCCCAUAGACUAACAUUGCCCAUAGACUUACACCCCCUAAAGACUCACAUUGCCCAUAGACUAAUAUUGCACAUAGACUUACAUUGCACAUAGACUAACAUUGCACAUAGACUAACAUUGCCCAUAGACUUACAUUGCACAUAGACUAACAUUGCCCAUAGACUUACAUUGCACAUAGACUCACAUUACACAUAGACUCACAUUGCACAUAGACUCACAUUGCACAUAGACUCACAUUGCACAUAGACUUACAUUGCACAUAGACUUACAUAGACUAACAUUGCCCAUAGACUUACAUUGCACAUAGACUUACAUUGCACAUAGACUUACAUUGCACAUAGACUUACAUUGCACAUAGACUCACAUUGCACAUAGACUAACAUUGCACAUAGACUCACAUUGCACAUAGACUAACAUUGCACAUAGACUUACAUUGCACAUAGACUCACAUUGCCCAUAGACUUACAUUGCACAUAGACUAACAUUGCACAUAGACUAACAUUGCACAUAGACUAACAUUGCGCAUAGACUUACAUUACACAUAGACUUACAUUGCACAUAGACUUACAUUGCACAUAGACUCACAUUGCACAUAGACUCACAUUGCACAUAGACUCACAUUGCACAUAGACUCACAUUGCACAUAGACUUACAUUGCACAUAGACUAACAUUGCACAUAGACUUACAUUGCCCAUAGACUCACAUUGCACAUAGACUCACAUUGCACAUAGACUCACAUUGCACAUAGACUUACAUUGCACAUAGACUUACAUUGCACAUAUACUUGCAUAGACUAACAUUGCACAUAGACUUACAUUGCACAUAGACUUACAUUGCACAUAGACUCACAUUACACAUAGACUCACAUUGCCCAUAGACUCACAUUGCCCAUAGACUUACAUUGCACAUAGACUCACAUUGCACAUAGACUCACAUUGCACAUAGACUUACAUUACACAUAGACUAACAUUGCACAUAGACUGACAUUACACAUAGACUUACAUUGCACAUAGACUCACAUUGCCCAUAGACUCACAUUGCACAUAGACUAACAUUACACAUAGACUCACAUUGCCCAUAGACUCACAUUGCACAUAGACUAACAUUGCACAUAGACUCACAUUGCACAUAGACUUACAUUGCACAUAGACUCACAUUGCACAUAGACUUACAUUGCACAUAGACUCACAUUGCACAUAGACUUACAUUGCACAUAGACUCACAUUGCACAUAGACUAACAUUGCCCAAUGGAGUCGUGUAUCCUUCUUUGUCCGCACAUUGGUACAGCGGCCACCCCCUCUGUCUGCUUCAUGUUUCUGUAACCUGAAUGUUAUAAUUGUGCCGUUAUCAGUAACUAUUUGGCCACGUUUCGUUUACAUCACAAACCUGAUUGGCUGAUUGACUGCGUCGGAUGGUGGUGGCAGGUUUAACGACACAACAUUUAUAUUUACGCAUUCUAACCCAAACAAAACCAAUUAUAUUCCCAGGGAAAAUCCUGCUGUACUAAAUAGCUGAUUUUUAAAGACACGAUUGUAAAAAACGACAGGGAAUCACCCUGAGUAUUCUUUAACUGUGACUUGUUGUGGAUUGACAUUCUUUCGGGAAUUGGAUCUGCAUGUGUGUGUCUGUCGUAUCCUAAACGGGUGCGGCACGGGCUAGAGAGGAGACGGAGUGAUGUGGUACAAGAGGAUGUGGAGCUGAGUGGAUUUGCCGAUGACUGGUACCAGCGGUGUUAAGAUCGGCCUCUGUGGAGGAGGCUCGUGAAGGACGCUGCUACUGGGCAGUUGGAGGCAGUCGCCCACCAACAACAACGGAGUGCGGAGGAAGGAACGACGCUCAUUAACAACGAGCGGAGCGCCGGGUGGCUAAAGCACAGCAAGUUGGCACAGUAGGGGGCACAGGUGGGACAUCGGCCACUCAUCUCAGUCAAUCGAUCCAUGGCACCUGGGUCUGUCCCGUGACCUCCUGCCAGCGGGCGAUCGACACUUCACGUGGCUUUAACGUGCACAUAGCCUGGCACAAGCGCCAUGGUGAUGUCACCGCCACUUUGUGGCGAAUGGCGGCUGUCCCGUCCUGGCGCUUUCCCAUGGGCGAGCCACGACGCAGUCGCGACGAGCGACCACACCACACGGUGUGCUUUUGUUAAUGACCAGGGAUCUUAUUGUAGUGAGUAUUUUAAUUUCGUCCCCAACGGAGAGAGAGAACACGCCCGGAGUGAAGGCUCCAUGGUAGGGCGAGCGGCCAUGCAGCAAGCGGGAAAGGGAGUGAGUUCAACUCCCGGUCUUGGGGGAGAGAGGUUGGACUCAGCCCAUCAUCAUCAUCCCUUUCGUCCAGGGUCGAUCAAAUGAACACCACUUUGUCCCCGCCAAGGCAAUGUGGAAUUCACGCUGCUAACUGCUGGGCUGUAAACAGGUGACGGCCACCAAUGCAUCAUUAUUGCUGCUCAUGUGAGCAGGAAAUCGCAGCCUUGAUUGUUUAUGCUUUUACAGGUCUCUGUUGAGUCUCCUGUGAGUCUACAGGGUCUAUGUGUGGUGAGUCUAUGGAUCUUUGUGGGAGUCUGCAGGGUCUCUGUGUGAGUCUGUGGGUCUCUGUGAGUCUACGGGUUUCUGGUGCUGCGUACACCUUGUGCCACACGGGGACAGCUGCCACUCUGGGAGGGAGUGCCCCUGGGCCAGACUGCAGCAGUUGGGUUGAGGGCGACGCUGUGAACAGUGAAGACAAAUAAAUGGUACCACUUGA